AUGUAUGUGACAAGGCCUCUGUCUGUGUAUAAAAGUUCUCCCGAGUCACUGUCUCUUCCACCUCCAGAGGGCCCAAAUUCUGGCUGUCUUGUACUCCAUGACGACGAUUCAAUUGAGAUAAACUGUUGCGGAUGCGAGGACGACGAGGUUAAAGGUUUGCCUUUCCCUCAGAACAUGGAUCUAACCGUUGGAUAUGGCUCAGAUAACGAUGAUGUUGCCUUCAUUCCAGUGCUUGAUCAACCCUUGUCUUCCAAUAGAUACCAUGUCAUACUUCGAAGAGGCCGCCAUAAAGGGAAAGCAUGCACAAAUACGAGGGAAGAGGAUACGGAUAUUGGCUGUUUCGGAGGUAAAAGUAUACCAGAUGCUGAACCAAAACCAUUGGAUCCGUCAGACAUAUAUCAACAAAUUGAGAUAGUUCAUUGGGAGGGAGAAACAAAUCGUUUUUUUGCCAAGUCUGUUGAUCCAGAUGGUUUGCCUCCUUACUUCUUGAGGAGGAAAGGGUGGAACGUGAGAAUGAGCACACCGUAUCGUUACCAAUUGCGUGAAGCCUCGGGACUCAACUCUUCGCUACGAGCUAGUCUUCCUGGGUUCGAUUUUCCAAUAUCACAUGACUGCUCUGAAGUUGUGUGUGUUGGUAAGUGGUAUUGUCCUUUCAUGUUUGUUAAGGAAGGAGGGGUGAAGCUGAAGGACCAAGUGAAAAAUUGUAUGUACUACGAAAUUAAACUUGAGCAAAGAUGGGAAAGGAUUUUCGACAACGUUAAUGAGAACGCCGAAGGAAAAAAGAAUCCUGCUGUGUUUGUGGAUGCUUUUGUUCAAAAAGAGGUGGUUUAUGUGGGUGGACAGGAGGCUGUUUGGGAUGAAAGAAAUGUGAGUGCGGGUGAUAUGUUCGUGUGGUUUAAGAGUUUUCAGGGGGUGGGAGGGGAAACAAGUGUUGGAAUGAGCAUGAAAGUUUUUGAAAGAACGAAAUGGGAGCAAGAAAGAGUUGGAUGGAUUGGUGGGGAUGAAAGGCAAGUGAGGGUGGAGAGAGAGGAAGAGUUUAGGGGGACGGGUGGUGUCGGGUGGAAUAGGUUUAGUAGUUAUGUGUUGGUAGAGACGUUUGUACUGAAGAGAAUGUCUACGACUGGAAGCGCAGCAGAAGAGCUGCUCAAUUGCUUGUCAUCUACUCUCGACCCCAGCCACGAAGUUAGCUCGUUCGCAGAAGCUUCUCUAAAUCAGGCUUCUCUGCAACCAGAAUUGUACGAAAGACGGGUGACAGGCGUUGGUUUCCCUUGUUCAUCGAUUUGCGAGGAGAAGAAGAAGCCAUCCCAAUACCAGAAGAGGAGGUUAGUGUUAGACGAGGUCAGUAUGCUGAGGAAAUCUCCGCAACUUGAGGAGUUUGACUUGGAUCAAACUCUUAUCCUCCCAGCUGUUCCCAGUUUCUAG